AUGAAUUCUUCUCUAAAACUUGGAAGUGGUUCUACUUCUACCAGACAGAAUUAUGCAGGAAAACAUCCCUAUUUACAUAAUCACAUGCCUACCCAAGGUCCUGGGGGUGGUCUGCUUUCACAAAACCAGAGAACAGCAAUUCCUCAAGUAUCUUGGGUUAGUAGUUGUCAAGGUGUAACAGAUCUCCCAUUCCCAAAAAGGCUGGGAGUUGAGUUUAAUGGGAGAGAUAGCCCUCAAUCUGCUGAGAGACAAAUAAGCUUGCAGACAACUAGUGCAGGUCAAAGUCAAACACGUCAGUAUCCAGAUAAUGUUGUUCGACCUUCUAUUGCACCUGUGAGUUAUCCGAUGAAUCCUCAAGGUCCCUGUUUCAGUCAUGGCCAAUCUCAAAUGGUUCAGCUUCCUAACAAUCCUAGAGGACAAGCUCCUACAACUUCUAUUGAUGGUCUCUCUAAUAAUUCUGAGUAUUAUGCGAGACCAUAUCACAAGAGAAGUGCAGUGGCCCCACCUUCAGGCGCCCAUUGGGUUCAACGCCAGAAGAUGUCACAUCUAACAACUACUCAUCAUUCAAUGCCAAUCCGAUUCCCCACAAAACCAGCUGCUUCUGUAACAGCCAAUCUUGCUCAUCCUUCCAUACCAAUCUACCAAUCACAAUCACAGACUCAACAACGUGUUCGUGCUCUUAUGAAUCCAUCUAUACCUUACACAUCAAAUUUUAGACCUCGUGUUCCUGUGACAGCUGCUCCUAGUCCUACAGUCUCUCAUAUUACAUGGAAAGAUCCUGAGACAAGUCCUCUUGAAUUGACAAAAUAUAUAAAUGCGUGCUAUAUCCGUGAUGAAGGCACAAAAUGGUCAUUUCCUGUUCAAAUUGAGAAGGAAGACACCAUAUUUCUUGUUUUGAAGGAGGAAGAUGGCACUUCGGAAAUUUGA